AUGGCCCAGGAUACUGACGAUAUCAACUUGACUCCUCAGGAAUUACAAAUACUAUCUGAAUUAGACAGGUAAUUUUGAGAUGGACGAAAUCUACUGCAAUGAAGCUCGUUCUGGUCUCUUGCUCUUCCUUGUAUCAGUCGUAGUUUUCACGUUUAUCUACCAAAAUAUAACCUAAAAGUUUGUUUGACAGAAUAGGCGCGCAAUUUAACUGGUAUAUUCAGAAGUGUUUGCUACCUAUUGACAUCAUUUUUAUGCGUUUAGAUAUAAAGAAUGCGAUUAAUAUGUCAUUAUGCUUUUGUAAUUCACGGUGCGAUCGUUCGUAAUCUUUAAGGCAUUAGUUAGUUACGCAAAAAUAUAUUUUUGAAACAUAUAAAAACAGAAGUAUAUCAAACAUUCGUUUAUGUAUAUUUUAAAAGUUUAUUGUAAUGCAACAAUAUACAAUGAGUGAUGUUAUUCUUAAUAACGAGUGAGCUUAUAUUUAAUGAUUAUUGAAGUUAUUAUUGAGAAUUUCUUAUUAAUCAAUGUAUUUUUUCUAUGUGUGUGCAGUCGACAGUUUGGAUUUUUAAAAUUAAAUUCACCGGAGCAAACAAAGAAGAAGGCCUUAGUUGUUCGUGCAAUUAAAUAUUUAGAAAGGAUGCUAGUCCAAGCGCAAGCUGAGAAGCAACGCAGAAAAGCGGAUAGUACAAAAAUGAAUCCUGAUGAAUUAAAGGAUGAUGAUGAAGAUAAAGGAAUUAGCAUUGAUCCUAAAACAUAUUGUAAACUGGGACAUUUUCAUUUACUUUUAGAAGAUUACAGUAAAGCCAUGUCGGCAUAUCAAAAAUUUUAUUCCUUGAAAGGAGAUUAUUGGAAAGAUGCUUCAUUUUUGUAUGGUCAAGGGCUUGUCUACUACCACUUCAAUGCUUUUCAA